GCACGGCACACACAUCGAAUAAACAGAGAUAUUCUAGUUCCUCGGAUGUUGAAUCGGACUCGAGUCAUGACAUGGACGGUAUGUCUGGACUACGCCUCUACCGCCGAAUCAUCACGAUGUCACUUGUCGCGUUGUGCAAGACGCUCUGUCUUGGUUUCAGUCUUUGACACAGUUAUUUUCAGGAGAGAGUUCAUCAACCAGAAGCUCCACAUCGUUAUGCCGACAGGGAUCCCUUUGCGUUUUUCUGAGUGUUAAGUGUGACUGCGAUGUACGCCGACCUCCGUCGUCUGCGGUUUUCUCCUUUCCUCGUUUGUGAGGCUUGCAGUCUCCACAGUGGUCUCUAGCGUCUUCGUCGCAACGAGAAGUCACCUUCUCCCGUGGAGGUGAUGUCUGUGUGUUCGUCUUUCUCUGUCUCGAGUCUCCACCAGAAACUCUGGAGAAGAAGCGCUCCGAGUUUCGACUGUUUUUUUCUCGAGCCUCAAGACUGGCGGGAAGGAGACGAAAAGCCGUCCUUUCUUGGGGGCACUGGGGCUGGCCUCUCCUCGUCUCGCAUAGGCAGCUUUGAUUCAUCUUUCGAAUCAACUGACAAGAGACAGAUGCGCUUUUUUAACGAACAACAAAGACUGAGAAAAAACGGACUUUCAACUUUUCUCGCUCGGCGAAACGACGCACCAGAGCGACGCAGGAACCUCGCGAGGCGUUGCAUGCACGCAGAGAAGAAGGUACUGCGGUUUCUCACACCGUCUUCAGCGCGCAUUUCCAAUCAUUUUCAGUCCUCCGAUCUCUCUUUCUCUCUCUCGCUUCCUCUCUCUUUUCUCGUUCUCAUCCCGCAGUUACGCCUUGUUUCUUCGUCUCCUCUCCCCUCUUUCUCGCCGCCUCCCUGCCAGCGCGUUUUCAGGAAGCGAGGCGACGAACUGCUUCUCCUUUCUUUCCUUUACACAGGAGAGACCCUGUUUAUUGUUUUCACAUUGCCUGUCGUUGUUCGCCCGUUCAAAGGCGUAUGCUUUCGCCAUUCUACACUGGUCCGGCUAUCUCCGCCGCUGGUCGUCUCUGGGCUUCCUUUUCUUCUUUCUCUCUCGCAUGGAGACGCGGACAGCCCUGAAGAGACCGCAAACAAACGAACGAAAUAGCAACAGGUACCCUCGAGAGAGUUCAGACUUUUUCUCUUCUGCAUCUUCUUUCUGCUGGACACCGAGACCUCUUUUCGGUGCGCAUGCAGAGGCGGUCUUCGCUUCCGACGGACAGGCGUUCUUUCGCGUUUUUCCAAGAAAACUAGGUUUCUGUCUUUGCUGUUUCCUCUGGACGGAGGGAAGAAAUGUGGACGCGCGGACGGCGUAUCGCUUCUUCGCGUUGACAGACACCCGCAGAAAACGGAGUCACAGAAUAACGACUUUCGUCUGAAGUGCAGAGAAUUCGAUCCAAGCGCGUUUCCAGCUGUAUUUGUCCCCGCGCCUUUCCGCCGUUUGUCUGUUUCUUUCACUGUCGCCCCUCUGUUUGUGUCUUGUCUCUCUUUCGCCUUCUCUCACCCCUGUCUUCCUCCGUAUCAGUGUUCGCUGUUUUCUCUUUCUCUCCUCUCUGCGCAGCCUUCUCUUCUGUGUCGCUUCGUGCAUCUCUUCGGUCUCCUUUCCGUGCUGCUCUCUGCUUUUUCGAGGGCGAAGCCGUCUGCGCGAGCCUCCUCCGCUCUACCGAACAUCUGUUCUGUUCCCUCUUCGCGUCGCUGGAAAGCGUCAGUUUCACUCGUCGAGAACAGGAAGUCACACGCCCGGCAAGAUGGACUACUUCGCUUCGUACGCAGACGACGAAGCAUGCCAGGAGCUGCCGGGGGCGGAACAAGAAGCCGCAGAGGACGCGAGCUCGGCUGUAGAGACAACAGAGACGAGGCAUAAGGAAGGCUGGGAACCGAGAGAGGAAGAUACUCGCAUUGCUCUCCUUCCUGCGAUCAACUGCGCACCUCCCGUGAGCAUCUUUGCAUGCAAGGCUCAGCUGCAGAAAAAUGUCGUUUUUCAUCGACCCGAAGACACCGUCCUCACGUCCAAUCCCAAAAUCGAUGCUCUGCAGGCUCCCCUGCAAGGCCCCCUGACUCCGCAGCAAGUGCGUCGCGGCGGGUGGACUGGAGUGUACCGACGGCGCCUAGGAGGAGAAGUGGAGAAAGAGCACGUGAACGUGGAGGCCUUCGACAGACAGUUUUACAACUUUCAGUUCCACGGACGCGCAGAGGACCCCUCGAACUUUUCCAGGGAUGCGCUCCUCGCCCACACCCGUGCCGGGUGUACAGACACUCGCGUCGUGCGGGAGGCGGUCGCGUACGACUCUCGAGGCUUCGUUCCAGAGAGCGAGGCCUCUCAGAGGCAGAAGCGGAGACGGCUGAAGAACGACGACGCAGCUUCCGACGACUUCCAGGGCCCCUGGGCGCCCUUCGAGGCCACACCUGCCUCUGAGGCUUCGGGUGUACGUACACCCGAAGAAGACGGGGAGGAGGGUGCAGCGGAGGCGGCAGAGGCGGCGAACGGGGUUUCAGAAGACUCUGAAUCGGGUCAUCGGAAGCAAUCGAAGAGUCCAAGUUCUGGAAAGAACGAGUCAGCAGAGAGUAUUUUCCACGGCAAGGCGGCGACGGACUACCAAGGUCGUUCUUGGCUGGCGGUGCCUCCCGGGACGAAGGAGCUUCCGCCAGACAGCGCGUGUUUCCCCCCGAAACGAGAAAUCCACGCGUACGUUGGCCACACUGGCGGCGUCCAGGCGAUUCGCUUCUUCCCGCGCAGCGGACAUCUGCUGCUGAGCGCGAGCAUGGACAGCACGCUGAAGAUCUGGGAUGUGUUGAACCAGCGCAAGCUGCAGUGUACGUACACCGCGCACAAACAGGCAGUUCGCGACGUGCAGUGGGCGGACGGCGGCGCGAAGUUCUACAGUUGCUCAUUCGACAACACAGUGAAGUUGUGGGAUACGGAGGCGGGGAAGGUGAUCGGAACUUUCGGAAACGGAAAGACGCCGUACUGCGUGGCAGUGAAUCCAAACGACAACAACGUCUUUGUCGUCGGGAGUGCGAACCGCAGAGCGAUUCAGUUCGACGCGCGGACGGGGAACAUCGAGGUCGAGUACGCGGAGCACAUUGGCGCAGUGAACACGGUCACUUUCUGCGAGGAGGGGAAACGCCUCGUGACGACGGCCGACGACAAGAAGCUCUUCGUCUGGGAGUACGGCAUCCCAGUCGUGAUCAAGCACGUCUCCGAGCCGGACAUGCACUCGAUGCCCGCGGCGGCGAAGCAUCCGAGCGAGAAGUUCCUCUGCUUCCAGUCGAUGGACAACCAGAUCUUGACCUACGACGCAUGCGGCAAGUUCCGAAUGGUUCCCCGAAAAAGGUUUCGCGGUCACUUGUGCGCGGGGUACGCGUGCAAGCCUGCCUUCUCCCCCGACGGAAAGUGGCUGCUCUCUGGAGACGGAAAUGGAAAACUUUGGAUCUGGAACUGGAAAAAUGGAAAAAACGUUCGCACGCUCCAGGCGCACGACCAGGUCUGCAUCGACUGCCAAUGGCACCCCAACAUGACCAGCCGAGUCGCCACCUGUGGCUGGGACGGACUCAUCAAACUCUGGGAUUGAAGGCAUCCCUAACAGUCGGACCACAUUCCCAAAGACAUGCGCUGCAAACACUUGCGCAGAAAAAACUUCGACCGAAAUAUUUAUACAUAUAUAUAUAUAUAUAUAUAUAUGGAGACAGAUGUGCAUUCGCAAGUACAUGGUGAUAUAUAUAUAUAUAUAUAUAUGUUUGCUUGGGGGACAUGAGUGUGGACAGCCGUGUGAGAGCCAGUGGCUGUGGGCGGGAUUUUGGGCCGUUAGGAAGAAACCCGACAAACUUUUCUGUACACACUCCCCACGUUCUCUAUAUUUAUAAAUAUAUAUAAACGUUUAUAAAUAUAUGCAUAUAUAUACAUACACUUAUGUUUGUACAUAUAUAUGAACUGAUGUGAGAGAUCGGUGUGCUGUGUGCGUGGCUGAUAUCCGAGAACUUGAACGCUGCCCCCCGCGAACAGUCGUGCCGCGCUGCUCACUGUGCUUCAUCA